AUAUGUUAAACCAACAUACUACUAACCUUAUAUUUGUGCUGCCUGUUCUGCUUUUCUUUCCCUUUUCUUUUUUUAUACAUCUGUGUCUUGCUUUCUUCUAUUUCUGUCUUUUUAUCUUCUUCCAGCAUUUCGUUACUUCUCUUUACAUACUGCUCUACCUCUUCCUGUUCAUUAGCUAGCACCCCUCUUUUCUUUGUAUCGCCCAUUUUCCCCUUUCUCUUCAGACUGUGACUACUGCCUCUUGAAUAUUUUGACACAGCUCUCCCAUUUUUUUGUGCCCUGAUCUCUUCCUAUUUGUUCUGUGCACUAAAUGAUGACUGCAAAAGCUGCCUUGGCCCUGAUAGCAUCAUGUUUCACAGUAGAGUGAGUCAGCAACAAUAGGAUAGUUAAUCCUGCCUCAAUACCCAGUUAAUUUUAAACAGCAGAAUAGGGAACAAUACUGUUGUCUUCUGUCUCUACUCCCCAUACCCUGAAACAGUUAAUUGUAAACUGUAGCAAGCAUAGCCAACAACAAUGGCAUGUGUCUUGCAUCCUUAGAACCCCCCUUUCCAGCAACCAGUAUGCAUAGUGAAUUUAUGAUCUGUCUUGUGACCUUAACCCACUUCCCCCCAGUUAACUUAACAGCAGCCAUCCAGUAAGACUGUGCGCUUCUCCAGAGCAGUAGACUUCAUGCGUGCAGUGGAGUCCAAUCCUCCUACAUUCUUUUAUCGAGAAAAGUGCGCACUGUUACCGGACGUGUGUAACUGAUUCAGGGGUUUAAGGCCCCUGACCACUAAUGGGCCCUUAGUCUAUGCGUUAAUCCGCCCUGCUGUGUGUUUCAUAGUAAAUAAAGUGCCCCUUGUUGAAGUCACAUCUACAGUUCCAUUGCCUUCAGUCUCGUGCUCUAAUAAGGCCAUGACACCUGGUACUUUAUUCACGAUAUACUCCAGCUGUGUGUGACUGGAUAUGGUGCCUGGGCUGCACUUAAAUAUGUAUGUUUUGUAUGGUGUUCGUUUGAACCUGUAAUCUCAGCAGUUUCUGUGCGACAUUUACCUCCGCGCUCAACACCUCGGCGCAGCACAGCAGCGAUUAGGAAGAGUCCAACUUCUGACUGACAGAGGGAGAACCCACCCUGACUGAACUAUGACGCAUCGCAGGUGACUCUGUAGAAUCCCCCGGGGCGUGUAGUUAAUGGGUGGCUCUGCUCCUGCCAGUAGGGCUGUGUGUUUGUAUGUGAUGUGUGUUUGUAUGUGAUGUGUACUUGUAUGUGAUGUGUACUACAGGCAGGAGGAAGAGCUGAGCUGCACCUGAGUCCUAAGUUUCGCCUCCUCCCCCGGACUCUUGGUCUGUACCUGCUACACUUUCUUUAGGAGCCGUUCAGUAGCAUCACCUUUUCUCUCGCUGGAGCCGAACUGCUGUUGCAGCGUCAGAACCGUCAUUAUGUUCUAGUGAACUUGGGAAUCCGUCAGCAUGAGACGUCCUGGGAAGAGCUACUGGUCAGUAGGCAUAGGGGGAGGUUGAUGGGGGUCGCUGACGCUGUUUAUAAAUAAGAAUGUUUAUCACUAAGCAUGUUUCGUGCUGCGCAGGUACCAGCCACAAUCUGGACUAUAGCGGGUCUUUGGGGAGUGCUAGUUCAGCGAGUGCUUUGUUAUUCAGUGUAAUGUAUUACUGCCUCCUUAGAGAACAUUGUGUUAGCCAAGGGUAAAGUGUAUCUGUAAUGGAAAUCAGUUGUUUUUGUACUGCAACACCCGCCAAACCCUGACAAUUCAAACCCGAACUGGCAAUCUGUGGGUUGUGGCAAAUGCCAGAGGCAGUGUUAGACUGGGACUCCAGGGGCCCACCCAAAAAUCUUAGACCAGGGGCCACCAACAGACCUUAGAUCAGGGCCCCACUCUCACUACUAUUAUAAUUCCUCUCCUCACUCAGCCUCUAGUCUGUUUUCUUUACAUGAUAUAAUCUAUUAUUCAAUCUAUUUUGUCUCUUUGUUCUCAUAAAAAUAUGGAAUGCCCAUGAAAUAGGCCAAAUGUUUAGCAGCAGGAGGGCCCACUGACACCUGGGCCAACCGGGACUUUUCCUGGUAUCCCUUUGGGCCAGUCCAACACUAGCCAGAGGGGCUGUCAUAAGAUGCCACAGAAAGUCACUAUUUAGUGGGCUGGUGGGGAGCUGAUUGGGCCUCUCUGUACUAGAAAUGCCAGGGCUUAUUUUGACUCCCAGUCCAGACCUGCCUGACAUCCAGUCCCCAUUCUAAGUUCACUUUAUGGGGCCCUCAUGCCUCUGGACGAUGAAAGCAGAGAGGUGAGUUCCACCUGGGCCAGCUGCUUGAUGGACUGUUCCACCUGUGCCGGCAUUUAGUCAGCCUAGGGCAGUGCCGGACUGGGGCACCAGGGGCCCACCCAAAAACCUUUGACCAGGGGCCCACCAAUUAAUUUGAGACCAGGGGCCCACUCUUAGUACUAUUUUUCUUCCUCUCCUCACUCAACCUCUAUUCUCCUAGUCUCUUUUCUUUACAUACUAUACUCUAUUUUCCCAACUAUUUAGCCUCUUUGUUCUCAUAAAAAUAGGCUACAUCUGACAACCCAUUACACUACUCCAUAUCUAAUAAAAGGGGCAACUUUGCCCAGGUGCAAUAUCUCUUAGCCAAGGGCAACACCACUAAAUGCUGCCUACAGAUUGGUGUUAGCAGGUUAUUAGACCUGUAUCUUAACCUUACACUUAGGGUUGCCACCGGCCUGGCCGGUAAAAAUGAUGAUUAAUCCCAAUGUGAUUAAUAGGGAAAAAAAGAUAAAUAUAAAGGAAGGCCGGUAUUGUUUUCCAGAAAAGGUCCCAACCCUACUAACACUAGAGUCAUAUGUGGAACCAAUUUCUGCGACCCGAACCGCAACCCUCAUAUUUACCCACUAUGAUCCGCUACCCGACCCAGACCCGCAACUGCCUUAUCCGCAACCCGUGACCAUUUGUGUACAUGUCUUGUAAAAUGUGAUGUACAGAAAAUAGAUGUCGAACCUGACCAGUUGCUCUCCCGGUCUAGAAUCUGGACUUGGCAGUCUUCAAACGUGUGUCCUUUUUCUUUUAGAUGAGAAAGAAAAGAGGUUGAAAUGUCGGUUCCUCCUUGUGGCCUACAAGAUGCAAGAAAUUAGUCUGCCUUCUACCCAGAGCAUGCCAGACCCGGAUGCAUUAGAGGGGCCUGUGUUCCUGAAGCCCGACAUGGACAUACAACUGCACGAGCCCAGCUGUAUACUGAUACUGAUCUUAACUGGCAAAAUCAUAAUAAAUAUCCAUUAUUUACAGGAUUUUGCUGUUUGUAGCAUGAGGUUCACUAACUAUCACAUCUGCCUGUUUACUCAGAUCAUAUCCCAUGCGUAUGGCAUUCUACACUAUCCAGUGCUGUUAACAGCAGGGCUAGAUUAUUACAAUACUGUUGUUAAAUCCAUUCAUCUCCCCAGGCUUUGUCUCGGCUUCCUGCAUGUUAUACUUACCCUGCUCCUAUGGACGGCAGCACUAUCCUUUGCCCUCUAUUCUUCUGUUCCUCCUCCAAUCUCAGGCCCUGGACUGUCCUCAUACCAGUGCACUUUCUACGUCAGCAGCCAGACUUAUUAUUUAUCAGCCGCAGUGGUGUGUGCCAUUGUUUUUAUUCUGGGAAUAUGUUGCUUUGAAGUGGUGGCUUUAAUAAAAUCCAUGAAGCUCAUCUCCUUCACCAACAAGACUGUCCUGUUUUCCUGUGGAGAUGAGUGGCCUGUCCAAGGAACCAUAUGUCUCUAUACUGCUCUUGUGUUCUCGUUUCUGGGCACUUGGGCUCCAUUUGUCCUCCGUAAAAUUAUUCUCCUCAUUUUGUGUGCACCAAUCCCAGGCUACAUGGACAUGAACGUGGCUUGGCUUUAUUUUAUGAACAGUUUCCUUGUGGGAUUGGCCUAUGUCCUUAAGUAUCCUCAAAUUGACCCGACCAGAGAGACCUUUUCCAUAGACCCUUUCAUCAGCUGGAAAUAUUGCAUUCUGCCUUUUAUUGACAUUCACUACAAAGCAGAAGAUUAUUUGAAUGAGCAGUUACAUCCAGUUAUGAUUGUUUGAUUCAUUUCAUGUUCCAGGCUACAGUUAGUAAAAUAGGAAAUCUA